UCGCAGUGCGUGACGGUGGUGUGCGGUCGCGCCGGCGUCGUUCUUCGCGCAUCGCGGGAUACAAAUUCAGCGGAGAGAUAAAAAAAACGAAAGCGGAGUAACGUGAGAGGGAGAAAGGGGAGAGACUGAGGGAAAACGGACAGUGUGUCGAGCGCGGUGGAACGCACAGUGUUCGGAACAAUACGCGCGUACGAGCUUCUUUCUUUUUUUUCUACUCCUUUCUCGGAGCAAGAACGUGAACCGACCAGUCUGAAGUUGUCCCGUGUACGCCGCGCCGGCGAUCUCGCGCCCGAGAAGCCCGCAGUGGUGUGAAAGUGGUGAUAAUCCGCGCAGUGUUCGAACGUCGCGGAUAUUUUCCUUUCGCGUCGGAGUCUUGGAUCUAUCCUGCGGCCUAUCCUCGUGAAUUCCUCCCUGCUCGUAAUCCUCUCUCGUGUGCGCGCGGCGAUUUGCGACUCGCAUCGGCACGGAGCAGCGAGCGAGCGAGCGAGGGAAAGAGAGCGGAGAGCUCCAAGAGACAGCGCGCGCGAGGAAGAGAGAGGAGCGCGUACACACUCUCUCUCUCCCUCUCUCUCUCUUUCUCUCCGUGGCGUCGCGCACCGGCGGUGCACCGCCGUCCGUCCGUCCACCUUUCGCGUUGCCGCGAGUGCACGGGAUAAAAUGGCGCUCGCCUUCGUCCGUGCACCUCUAUCGACCGUGACGAACUGUUCGACGGAAUCGCGCCGGCACCGUUCGCCGCAGCUUUUCUUCUUCUGAGAAUUUUGCGACGACGUCUUGUGCGCGCGUCGUCGUCCCCUGCACGUCCGUCGUCCUCGUCGUCGUUCGACGUCGGAGUAUAACCGUGCGCGCGGGGCAGCUCGUGUGUGUGCAAGUGCCAGAGAAUCAUCAGGAGCUAUCGGGAAGUACGGCGAUCUCGCGGAACGGCCGUGCCGAUCGGCGGAGUGGCGGAUCACGGAGAACGAGUCCCGGAGUGCCGCGUCUCUUCAGAUUCAUCACUUAUUGAAAUCGCUCGUUCGACAGUGAUUGAGAGCUCGGAAGUGAAGAAUGCGGCAAAACAAGGUCUAAAGUUGCAGAAUCACAUCGCCAUGUAAAACCAAUAAAGAAAUCGUUCUUCGCUGAUUAAGGCAAACUGCAACACUCGUAGAAGGGAAACGACAAGUAGAUGCACUUUGGGAUCUGCGAUAUCAAUUUACGCGCAUCACCAGAUUUACGACGAUAUCGUAUAUCGGAGAUCACCACCGAGUCGGAAAACGUCAUCGAGAAACGUGCAACGUUGAACGAGCGCAUUAGAAGAAUCCUCGAACUCGAGAAAAGCAGUCGUCUUGGGGCGAUAAGCUGGAGCAUAAGCGGGUGGCAGGGGAGGAGGUGGUGGUCGGUGGCGGUGGUGGUGGUGGCGGUGUUGACGAGGAGGGUGGAGGAAUUUGGCGGUGGCUGUUGCACGUCGUCGUCGGCGGUCGGCGUGACGCGCGAGAAGAAGAAGAAGACGAAGACGACGACGUCGGCGACGCGGAGCAAAGCGGAAUAUAGAGGAGGCAUGAAGAGGAGGCAAGAGUGACGACGCUGCCGUCGGUAUACUGCAUCCUCGCGCGGAUCGUGAGGGGACCGGCGGCCGUCUACCAGUGGGGCCACAACGAUAAGAAUGGCCCCCUUCAAUAUGGCGGGCGUAGCAGGCCUCUUAGCCACCUGCGCCGCCGUUGCUGCUUCCGCUGCCCACCUUCUGCCGUUGCUGCUGUUGCUAAUCUGCCCGCGAGGGACCCAAGCGGAACAAGUUGUUCUCUUGGAUACGACAACGGAGGAGAAACUCGAUUGGACGAGGUAUCCGUUCGGGCCUCAAGCUAACACUCCCGGCUGGGUGGAGGAAUCUUUCACAAACUUCGACAAGGGCAUCAAUUGGCGGAGUUACGUGGUGUGCGAUGUAGCAUACAACAAUGUGAACAAUUGGCUGUGGACGCCGUUCGUGGAGAGGGGUUCGGCGAAUCGCAUGUACAUAGAAAUCAAAUUCACGGUUCGCGACUGCUCGCUCUUCCCCGGGAAUGCUCUCAGCUGCAAGGAGACCUUUAGUUUGCUCUACUAUGAGUUUGAUGCUGCCACCAAGGAGCCACCUCCGUGGGAGCCAGACAGUUAUAAACUCAUUGGUCGCAUAGCCGCUGGCGAGGGUAGGUUUAACACGAAUUCUGAGGUGGUGAUAAACACGGAGGUGAAGUCGAUUCCUGUGACGAAGAAGGGUGUCUAUUUCGCUUUCCGCGACCAGGGCGCCUGCAUAUCUAUUCUAGCCAUUAAGGUGUAUUACAUCAGCUGUCCCGAGAUCUCGGUGAACUUUGCCCAUUUCCCGGCCACGCCGACCGGUCGCGAGGUUACGCUCAUCGAGCAAACAGUCGGCACUUGUGUCGCAAACGCUGUGAAAAUCGACCAACCGACCUUCCUCUGCAAGGGAGAUGGCAAGUGGUACCUUCCGUCGGGUGGUUGCCACUGCAAGCCUGGUUAUCAGGCCGACGUGGAUAAGCAAGAGUGUAAGGAGUGCCCGAUAGGCAAAUUCAAGCAUGAAGCGGGCUCUCAUAUCUGCGAAGCAUGUCCAGAGCACAGCAAGGCUUCCGAUUACGGCUUCACGGAGUGCCGUUGCGAUCCUGGCUAUUAUCGAGCGGAGAAGGAUCCCAAGAAGAUGCCUUGCACGCAACCACCUUCGGCACCGCAGAACCUGACCGUCAACUUCGUCGAUCAGUCGACGGUGAUCCUCUCCUGGAACGCGCCGCACAUGCAGGGUGGCAGGGUGGACACGACUUAUAGAGUGGUUUGCGAUGCUUGCAGCAUGGGUGUCAAGUACAUUCCCAAUACCGAGAUCUUUAACGACACGAAGAUCACGAUAACCGGUCUGAACGCGGUGACCACUUAUCGCUUCCAAGUGUUCGCCGAGAAUGGCGUGUCGUCGUUGGUAGGCAAGUCGGAAUACGUGGACAUCACCGUUACAACGGAGGCGAGUGUACCGAGCCUAGUGAGCAACGUCAGGAUUACGAGCGUCAAGAGCUCGGAGCUGAGUAUCAGCUGGGAUGCGCCGAUCAUCGAAGUCGGCGGGGACAGCGAUCUCGUCGAGAGAUACGAAGUGAGGUGUUACCCGCGCUACGACGACGCUACUAAUGCAACCGUCAUUCAAACGUCCGAGCUGUCCGCCACGUUCAAGGGCCUGAAACCUUCCACGGAUUACGCGAUACAGGUUCGCGCUAAGACAACCCGCGGCUGGGGCGAGUACACGCCGGUAGUAUUUAAGAAGACGCCUCACGCCAUGGGUUUAGAUUACGUCGGGGAGGAGGAUAACAUGCAAGUCAGAAUAAUCGCAGGAGCGAUUGUCGCUGUAGUUGUGCUUCUCGUGAUCAUCAUUAUCAUGACCGUUCUGAUUCUUAGAAGCAGGGCCUCGGACGAGUGUAACAAGAAGCAGCCUAGCGAUUGCGAUACGCUGGAGUACAGGAACGGCGAAGGACUAGUUGUGACCUACAUGCACUGCAAAAUGGACAGUUCACCGAUUGUGACAACCCAUACGAACAACAAGAGCAAGUCCUCGCUGACCACGCCGCUGUUCACACCUGCAGUGGGAGUCGCAGCGGCAGGCGCAGGCGGCGCGGGCGGUGCAAGUGCGAGAAGCUACGUGGAUCCUCACACCUACGAAGACCCGAAUCAGGCUGUACGAGAGUUCGCCCGCGAGAUUGACGCCGGAUACAUAACGAUAGAAGCCAUCAUAGGUGGCGGAGAAUUUGGCGACGUUUGCCGAGGGAAGCUAAAAUUACCUCCUGACGGACGGACGGAAAUAGAUGUAGCUAUAAAGACCUUGAAACCGGGAUCUGCGGAUAAAGCCCGUAACGAUUUCCUGACGGAGGCGUCGAUAAUGGGCCAGUUCGAACAUCCCAACGUGAUAUUCCUGCAAGGCGUCGUGACGAAGAGUAAUCCGGUGAUGAUCAUCACAGAGUUCAUGGAGAACGGCAGCCUGGACACGUUCUUACGUGCGAACGACGCCAAGUUCCAAGUACUCCAGUUGGUGGGCAUGCUACGCGGCAUCGCUAGCGGUAUGCAAUACCUCGCGGAGAUGAAUUACGUGCAUCGUGAUCUCGCCGCGAGGAACGUGCUGGUGAACGCCGCCUUGGUCUGCAAGAUCGCCGACUUUGGACUUAGUAGGGAAAUCGAAAGUGCUACGGAAGGAGCUUAUACGACCAGGGGCGGCAAAAUUCCGGUACGGUGGACUGCACCAGAAGCAAUAGCUUUCCGUAAAUUCACGAGUGCCUCCGACGUCUGGAGCAUGGGCAUCGUGUGCUGGGAAGUGAUGUCGUACGGCGAGAGACCAUACUGGAACUGGUCGAAUCAAGAUGUGAUAAAGUCGAUCGAGAAGGGUUACAGGCUUCCAGCGCCGAUGGACUGUCCGGAGGCCAUCUACCAGCUGAUGCUCGAUUGCUGGCAGAAGGAGCGCACGCAUCGGCCGACUUUCGCCAAUCUCACGCAAACCUUGGACAAGCUCAUACGAAGCCCGGACACGCUUAGAAAAAUCGCUCAGAACAGGGGCACCAAUCCACUGGCGCCGGACGCAGUGGAUCUGACACAAUUGACCUCCGUCAGCGAGUGGCUGGCUUCUAUCAAAAUGUCGCGGUACGCGGAGAGCUUUGAGCGGGCAGGCGUGACGACGUUGGAGGCGGCGGCCCGCGUCACCGUCCAGGAGCUCACGGCUCUCGGUAUCACGCUUGUGGGACACCAGAAGAAGAUCAUGAACAGUGUGACGGCAUUGCGGGCGCAGAUGUCCGCCACUUCGCAGGGUUUCCUUGUGUAACUUGUGAUCGCGGUUUCCUUCGAAUAAUCCUGCGAGCGAGACACACACGUGAACGUUGGAAAACUGAAUGAACGACACGCGGAAACUAUUUCCUGUGAACUUGGCGAACAGUUGCAUCGUUUUAACGCGCCCCGAUAUGCGUUUUAUUGUCCCCUUUCCCCACGUCUCGAGGAGAGAGCGAACUGCGGAAAAACUGCGACGGUCUGCGUGUUAGCCAGGACUCGUGAUUACCUAGUCAGAGCAACGAUGUCCUCGGAAGAGCUAUCUAUUCGCGCACAGGCAAAUAGUGUCUCGAAUUAUCCGAUCGCCGAUCGAUCGAUUGAGGUGACUUUUUCACAGGCAGUGACACGCGAACGUCGUCUCGCCUUAACCGAGAGAUUUUGAGCAAUCACAACUGCAGACAUUCCAUGUCAGCGAAAGGAUUUCGUCCUUCGUAUUUACGACUCCCUCUCAGAACGGGAAGAAAAACGAGUGAGGAGAGGGGGAGGGAGAGAAAGUGUAAGGACCAUUUGUCACGUCGCAUCUAAGCAACACGUACAACGACUCAUUAAACUCGUAGAAAGGUACUGCGAGAUUUUCGCAUAACGAAUACUUAUAAGUAUCGAAGAAAUCGCCGUUUAAGUAUUAUGAGCGUUAUGAGAACGCGUAAUAUUGUUCACGGCACUCGUCUAGGCAGGACGUCCUGACAGGUAGUCUCGAAAGGCUCUCAACGGGAUCAACGUAACAUACCGAAGGACUGCCUUACGCGAACAACAAGCGCCGAUUCGGGUUUUUCGUUUGCCAGAGCGUUUCACGUACCGAUCUACCCAAAGAUAAUGGAGAUAAACGAGCCAUCCUUACGUAAUCACUGCCGUAAUUAAAUUCGUAUUGAAUAUUUUAUCGUGCAACGAGUGCUUUCCUUUUAAUUUCAUGGAAAAGCAAUAAUUUUUCGCCUCCUUCGAAGAUUUUCAUCGAAACUUUUAGUUGAUUUUUAUACUUGUUUCGCUAUUCAUCGUGUUUGCGACAUCUUGUACUGGAUGGUAAGUUUUUAACAAUACACGUAUCCGCAAUACAGAGAGCGUUAAAACGGCAAAAAGUCUACACACGGCCUAAAUGUCCAAACUACCGUCUACUGCUGGGCUUUUUUUUUAAAGCGUAUUAAAAUCGCGUCAUCUUGUAAUGGUCGAUAAUAAUAAUAAUAAUAUAUGCCUGAUAAAGGAAAAUGACGAUCCAUAGAAGUAGAAAACUGUAUAACGAAUUGUACCAAAAAUGGACCGUAAAAUAGUUUUCAGGAUUCCAUCGAUAGCGUGAUAACAAUGUAGUUUCACACACAUUAUUUCGUCAACACGUAGGAUAAUGUAUUACGUACACCACGAUAUCAAGUGUACCUCGAGGAAGCGCACGAUCGACAGACAGAGAGAGAGAGAGAGAGAGAGAGAGAGGGAAUUAUGAGUGUGAGUGAUACGAUAUUAGCAAUUCCAUUACGAAAAACCAUUACGAGAAACAAUGAAAGACAAUUCUUGCCUUUGCGUUACCUAUAAGAGUGUCGUAUACGCCAAUCUAUACAGGUGUACUUUUUAAUUAUAACAAGAGAAACCACGAAACGAACAAAAUGGACAUGUGCCAACGCGAGUGUGCAAGAGUUAUUAUAUUAUAGCGCGGACGAAAAUGAGAGAGAGAGAGAGAGAGAGAGAGAGAGAAUGUAUGAAUGCGAGUGUGCGAGUGACGUUGCAUCGGUGAGUAACGAAAAAAAAAGAGUCUAUCCUGCCCUUCGCGCUAUAUUUGUAUGUACACAAGCGUGCGAUUACGAAACUAUUCUAUACACGUAUAAAAAUGCAUACCAUAUUAGAAAUACGUGGGAACGUAUGAUCAGAAAGGGACGGAAACGGGAGAAGACUUUAUUGGCAGAGAAAUCGCUUUUAAUGAAAAACCGCGCAGAAAGUACUGUCCGCGUCGAAAAGCAGAGAGAGCGAUGCAACACGAAAAAAAAAAUUUCAAACGCGUCCCUUAAUAGUAGCAAUGCGUCAACAUAUCAACAUUAUUCAGAAUGAAAUGCGAGUGCAAUGAAAUAUCUGCGUACACCGUUAUUCGAGUACGAGUUGAGGCAAGUACCGAGGUAACGAUCGAGAAUCGAUUUUUCUCUCGGGUUUUAGGCCAAGUGGCUGAAACAAAAAAUCGACCAAGAAAGAAAAAGAGCACAAAGUGAACGUAAAGUCGUAGAGUACACGCGGAAAAGAAAGAAACGUGUGCGACAAUGCAAAACCGAUCGCUGCUCAUUACAGGAGUAUACUCAUCGCCAUACUUUUUGAUUUUCAUAUCCUAGUAGAAGAAUCACCUUGCGAAGCAACGUCCAUUUCAAUACUUGCGUAAUAGGAGUUUGGUUUUGUCUUUUUUCUUUUUUUAGAAAAUAUGAAAGAGAGCAAGAGAGAGAGAGAGAGAAAGGAAGGCUCAUUACAUCGGCGUCCGCUAAUUAGUCCGCUUUAUCAUUACAGAGACCGUCUUUUUGAAAUGCAUACCCGAAAUAUACAUGUUCAACGAUUUAUUCGUAAAGAAACUAACUGGAUAGCGCGCAAAUAUAUAUACAUGUACAGAAGUGUUACGCUUAAGAUCAAGGAUGGUUUCGACGUUUACAAGUCCACUGCGGGCCACGGUAAAACAUGUUUCAUUUUCUAAUUUAACGAUUUGAUACUGGUAAUGUUAUAAUCGAUAAUGUCGUAGUGACGACUAAUUGGAAUAAGAGCAAAGGGCGCGAAGAGGUGAGAGAUUUUGCGCAUAACGGGAAUAGUAAUGAGAUAGGGCGAAUAUCUUAUUUUGCCUUAUUUUGCCUUAUUUUGCAAUCGAUUAAUUUUUAAAUAAUCAAACGAUAAUUUAGAACGAUUAGUUUUCCUUUCAUCUCGAGAUGUCUCGAUUUUAUCUUAUAAACGACACAUUACUUGAAGUCAUAUAUAUACCGAACAUGCGAAAAAUGCCGGAAUAUGUAUACCUGGUGUCUUUCGAUUCGCCGUGCUUCCUUCUAUAUUUGUUUAAGGAUAAAAGUGGGAAAACUGAAAGGAAAAAAAGAGCAAAAAGAGAGAGAGAGAGUGGGAGAAGGCUGCACGGCGAGAGCAAAAUCUCUCUUAGAGAGAACAAGAGAAAGAAAGCUACAGAAACAUGGCGACGAUUUAAGAAGCAAUAAGUGAAUACAUGCAAAUGCAGAUUUUUAUAUAGAGAAUGUUAAUAAAUUUCGAAAGAUAUUAAUUAUCGAUAGUGCUAUCUUCCUAAAUGUUCGUAUUAAAGAUUGAAUGAAAAAGAAUACUAUAAAACGACAAAAUGAUGAGAUUGCGCUUAGGUCCCGGUCAAGAGAACAGAAAGGACGAAGAACAAUCGUACACCAAAAUUCUGUUCGCGAUGCAAUCGAUCGUGAUAAAAUAGAUCUGUCCUAUUUGCCUGCGCUAAACUACAAACUGCGAUGAGAUCGGUUACGAUUCCGAAUAAAGAAGCAUUAAAGUACAGACGAUGAGAAAUUCGACGGUAGUUUACUGCAGAUAGAAAGAACAAAUCUAAUCUGUUCCGUCGGGACUCUGUGAAUGUGUGUGCGUGGAAAGCAUCUUAAGAACUUUCACACUGGAACUAUCUGUGUUUUAGCGGCAAUUCUGCGAGUACGCGACCUGAAAUUUCGAGGAUAUUGUUGAUUUCUGAUAAAACGAUAUAUUUAGAUUUCAUAAAGCUUUAGCAAUAUCACACACACAUACAUGUGUGCAUGCGCGUAUAUGUAACGCACGCGUUAUACAUACAUACACACACAUACAUACAUACACACAAAACACGAAAGAAUGAGAGAGAGAAAGAGAGAGAGAGAGAGAGAGAAAGAAAGAAAAAUCGGCAAAACUAAACCCCAAGGACGUAUCAGUUGAGAAUGAAAAAGUAUCUCGCGUAUUUAUCUUUUAUUUUGCGUUCUUUACUCUUUCCUCUUCCUUUCGGUCGAAAAGAUAUAAUUUUAUAAGUGUCACAAGUCAAGCUUAUUUUUAAGGGAAGAAGAGAGGCAAGAGUACGCGUUAUACUUUUCGAAGCUUUGUGAUCGUACUUCGUGUUACAUAUAUAUAUAUUUUUGGGUCGCUUGUAUACGUGUGCAAAACCUUAUUUAAGAGUGUGAGAUCGACUAAGUAGAGAGUGGAAGGAGAAAGCUUGCGAAAUCAAAAUUGCUUCAAUUCGUACGCGAAUAUCCUUGUUACGGCGAACAAGUUUUGUUCUUUUCCUCUUUAUUUUUUUUCGAUUAUGGUAUAAAGAGGAACUGAGAACGAUAGAAAUAAUUCUAAAGUGAAUUGUUUUAAACCGCUUCUCGCAUUUGUCUUAAUUCUUUAAUUCAUUUUAUAGUGCAUUUGUACUACUAUUUAUUAAAAAAAAAGAAUAUUUAUUGUUUAAAGAUCUGAUAAAACUGCAAAACGUUUUAGUUAUAUUAUAAUAAGUUAUCUCAAUUACUAUUUAGCAAUAAAAUUAUAAAACAGAACGUCCUUUUCCUUAUUUCUGAAAAUUUCGUCGUGUAAAAUUCUGUCAUGUAAAAAAAAAGUAAUAUAGCAAAUUACAGCUAUAGUGAUAAAUACGAUUGUUGUAUCAAAUUUGUAUGCAGCUAUUAUGUUAUAUUUAGUUAAGCGUUUUAAUUACAUGACAUUUAUCAGCACAUUGUUUUCGAUUCUUAUUUACUGUAAUUCUUUUUAGGGAAUUUUUAUCAAAGUACCUGGUUCGAAAAAAACGAAAACAAAACGACGAUGAAAAUCUAGGGAGAAAAGCAAAAAGCAUUACAGGUACCGUCCCAUUAUUAUACAUAAGUCAUACAGAUUUGCGCCCCUUUUUCAAACAUAAAACAUACACUCACCACACAGAACAUACAUACACAGGCAUCGUACAUCAUACAUACAUUCGAUAAUUUAUAUACACUCUCACUAAGCUGAGUUUUCAUGAAAAUUGAUUAAGCGAAUCGCCUCCGUGUGUCUUCGAUCAUUAUAUAAAGGAAAACGUAAAAAUCUCAAGCAAAAAGUUACUGUCGACAAAUUUUGGAAUAUGUCUAAAACGUUUUUCCUAUGGUGUUGUCAAGACGAUGUUGAAUGUACAUAAGAUAUAAUAAAUAAUAUACCUUAUACAAUGUAA